AUGCUUUUAUUCUUUUUGACAUAUCUAAAUCUGUCUAUUCAUAUCUAUCUAUGUAUCUAUCUGUCUGUCUGUCUGUUCAUAUCUAUCUAUCUAUCUAUCUAUCUAUCUAUCUGUUCAUAUCUAUCUAUCUAUCUAAUUUUUAAUCUGACAUUUCUAUUUAUCUAUUCAUCUAUCUAUCUAUCUAUCUAUCUAUCUAUCUAUCUCAUUCUGAUCAUAUUUAAGUCUAUUCAUAUCUAUAUGAGUCUGUUCAUAUCUAUCUGUCUAUCUAAUCUGUUCAGAUCUAAGUCUAUUCAUAUCUAUCUAUCUAUCUAUCUAUCUAUCUCAUUCUGUUCAUAUCUAAGUCUAUUCAUAUCUAUCAGUCUAUUCAUAUCUAACUUUUUUAUAUCCAUUCUAUUCAUAUAUCUUUUCAUAUCUAAUCUGUUUUCCUUUCUAUCUAUCUAUCUAUCUAUCUAUCAUAUAUAUAUAUCUAUCUAUCUAUCUAUCCCAGUCUGUUCAUAUCUAAGUGACCUUUCUAUCAAUCUAAAUCUGUUCCUAUCUAUCUAUCUAUCUAUCUAUCUAUCUAUCUAUGUCAGUCUUUUCAUAUCUAUCAAUCUAUCUCAGUCAGUUCAUAACUAUCUAUCUAUUCUUUUCAUAUCUAUCUAUCUGUCAGUUCAUAUCUAUCUAUCUAUCUAUCUAUCUAUCUAUCUAUCUAUCUACCUAAAUGCAAUCAUGUUUCAGUACUAUAGUCAUCCAUUGAUUGUUUCCAAUUCAUCCUUUCUGAGCAAUGAAAGUCCUACCUUGUCUACAAGGAUGCUAAGAGCUAAAAUGCUGAUACUGGUUGCAAUCUAUCUAUCUAUCUAUCUAUCUAUCUAUCUAUCUAUCUAUCUAUCUAUCUCAGUCUGUUCAUAUCUAAGUCUUUUCAUAUCUAAGUCUAAUCAUAUCUAUCUAUGUCUUUUCAUAUCUAUCUAUCUAUCUAUCUAUUUAUCUAUCUAUCUCAAUCUGAUCAUACCUAUGUAA